AUGGAGCCGGGGUGGAGUCGUGGGCAGACCGCGUCACCAUCGCUGGUUCUCUUUAAUCCGUGCUUUUCCGCCAUCGCUGGAUUCACCCGGCCUGCAGUCACGAUGGCCCGGUUUCGCGUUACCCGGGCCUGCGAUAGAUGCAAGAAACGAAAGAUCCGGUGCAAUGGACUGCAAGCGUGCGAGACAUGCGUCGACCGCAACCACUCCUGCACGUACACUGCCCCGUACUGUCGAGGUAGGCUGCCUCCACGGAUUCAGGAUCAUCAGGAGAACCGACCGCCAUGUCCUGCAUCGGUCGAGCUCGCGCCCACUGAUCUCGAUGGCCAUUACUUCGGCCCAGCCUCUGAACCUGCGUUUUUGCUGCAAGUCCAGAGGUCCCUGAACCCAUCCCCGUCGGUAUCGCGCGUCUUGUUGACGUUUUCGUCAUCCGAUGAUCCAUUGCCGUCUCUUGAACCUGCCCUAGAGGAUGCCAUGACCCCGGAAAAGACGGCCCAGAUGGUGCAGCUCUUCUUCGACUGCGCUAUGCCGGUUGGGCAAUUCGUCCACCGUCCAACUGUUGAAAGCUGGGUUGCCAAUCCAUCAUCGGACUCACAGUUGCGCUCGCACCCACGCAGAGCUUUACUACACUCGAUGUUUGCUAUUGUUGAACAGCACAUGAACCCGGGAGAUACCAGUGCAAGUCGGGGUCACUUUGCCGCAGCACAGCUACAGCAUCAGAUUCCCAUCACCUUGAUCAACAUUCAAGCCCACCUGUGCCAGUGUAUCUGGCUUCUUAGGGAGUCGCAGAUCAGUCAAUCUUGGGAGCUGCUAGGAGUAGUUGCCCGGCACGCUCUCGCUAUCGGUCUCCAUCGAGCCUCUUACCUCCGUGACGCUUCACACUAUCAUCCAGUCAGUGCCGAGUCCUGUCGCCGGACCUUUUGGUGCCUUUAUUCAUUAGACAAUUGCCUUAGCAUAGCCCUCGGAAGACCAAAAACACUAAAUGAUCUUGAUAUUGACCAGGAGUUACCGCGUUUAGAAGAGGAACUAGGAGACGUCGAAAACCAGCCGUCGCUCUCUUUGGAGGACGGAAACGCUGCCCUUCUCGCAACCGUCGCAUAUUUCAGGCUGGGACGGAUAAUUAGCAAAGUACUUCGAGACUUCUAUUCGUGUUCCCCACGCUCCGUCACUGAGCAGAUGGCCCUUGUCACGGAGCAUCUACAAUCCCUGCAGGACUGGAGAGAGGAAUUCUGCAAGGUUUCCAUUCCACAGCAUUCUGACCCGGGGGCGUCGGAUCGGACUACACUGCUCCUGAGGGACUUUCUAGAUUUAGUCUCGUCGCACGCAACUAUCCUAAUCACACGGCCGUUGCUGCUCGAGAGUUUGGCUUCAUCCCACGCCGCCAGCCGCACCCACACCCACACCGUUGACAAAAAACGAGAUCUCGAGUUUCGCGUAGGCCAGUGUGAGGCGGCUGCAUUGAACAUAACGGAUAUCUUAUCCGACAUCGAUUAUGCAAAGCGCAUGGCCCGCGCAUUUUGGUUCACCCCAUUCAUUGCAUUGUCGCCUAUCACCGUGCUUUACUCCUGCUCGUGUAGAGGCCUGGCGCUUGCGCAGCCUGUCACGAAUCACCUCCCGGCAGCGAGUCGCUGUCAGACAGUGUUGUUAAACAUCGUCAGGGAGGACUCGUUAGCGGCAAAAUAUGCCUUGUUGGUAGAGGAUAUACGGCCUCGUGUCUGA